UGAAUAUGAAUGAUUAUUUCCUGAAGAUGUUACAUCUUUUUGGCGACGAGGAUUACUCAGAAGAGAAGUAAAACAAAAAGAGUGACGGGAGCCUGCGACAGGUUUGGCUAAAAGACAGAGGGAGAGAGAGCGGGGAUACGAAGAGGAAACAUGGCUACAAUCGGUACGUUGGCACCGUACGAUCCCAAAAGCCAAACGUGGGAUGAGUACAGUGAAAUACUGGAGCAGUUUUUCGCAGCUAAUGGGAUUACUAACGCAGACAGGCAAAAGGCAAUAUUAAUAAGUGUCGUUGGAGCAUCGACCUACAGCCUGAUGCGUAACCUUCUCAGCCCAGCCAAGCCAAAGGACAAAACUUUCCAAGAGCUUGUAACUCUGAUGAAAAACCACUUUGAACCAAAGCCCAGUGAAAUUGUGCAAAGGUACAAAUUUGAUUCCCGCAACCGCAAGCCCAGUGAAACUGUCAUGGAGUACGUGGCCGAGCUGCGUCGCUUAGCGCAGGAUUGUAACUAUGGCAACACGUUGCAACAGAGGCUGAGAGACCGGAUCGUCUGCGGAAUUAAUGACGACAGAAUUCAGAGGCGUCUCCUGUCAGAAACAGACCUCACGUUUGACAAGGCUCUGUCAAUCGCUGUGUCACUGGAGACCGUAAAUAAAAAUGCCCAGGACCUACGGACCUCAGGUGCGACAGCAAAAUGUUUCAGCAUCACCCGAGGGUCGCAGGAGGCUCGUACAUUUAAAGGAGAAAGCAGAGAGUGUUAUCGAUGCAAAGGAACCAAUCACACAGCAGCCAACUGUAAGUACAAACAAGAAAAAUGUUAUGUUUGUGGCAAAGUAGGCCACAUAACAAGAGCAUGUAGGAACAAAGCUAAACAGAACCAGAAGAAGUAUGGACUAAAAACUGAAAAGACAGACAAAAAGCAGAGUUCACACUACCAUUCUCACAAAGUUCAUGAGAUAGGUGAUGGAAGUAAAAGUGAGAGCUCAGAAGAGGACUCAUUCACACUUAACUGUAUCAAGUGUAUCCAAGAGCAUCAGAGUAAACUGUACAGAUUAGGGCGCCGGAGUGCAGUGCACCUGAGAAAAGUAGACCCCUACACUGUGGAUAUGGAACUUAAUGAUCAAGUUUUAACCUUUGAAAUUGAUACUGGAUGCUGCCUAACAGUUACAAAUGAACAGACUUGGAAAUGCUGCAAACUCCCCAGCCUGAGGCCUGCCAAAAUCAAGCUGGAAUCAUACACAGGGGAUCCUGUGAAGGUGAUUGGGGUAACAGCUGUCAGAGUCAGGUACAAGCAGCAGAGGAAAACACUGCCCCUUGUGGUGGUCGAAGGGGACGGCCCCAGCUUGCUAGGACGAGGCUGGCUAGAGGAAAUACACCUGGACUGGAGAGAAAUCAAAAACAAACACAAAGCUAAGAAGGUGCACCAGGUAAAGACAACAGAAAAUAACACACUACAGCAAGUUUUAAGCAAACAUGAGGAUGUGUUCAAAGAGGAGUUGGGCACCCUGAAAGGCACAAAAGCAACCAUUCAUGUAAAACGGGAUGCUACCCCACGAUUUUUCCGUCCACGAUCAGUUCCGUUUGCCAUGCGAGCAAAAGUAGAUGAGGAAAUAGACCGACUGCUAAAAGAAAACAUAAUCUCACCUGUGAAAUAUGCUGAAUGGGCGGCACCUGUUGUGCCGAUUCUGAAGCCUAUAGGGACAGUAAGGUUGUGUGGAGACUACAAGCUUACUGUAAACACAGUAGCUUCUCUGGAACAGUAUCCAAUACCCAGAGUGGAGGACCUGUUUGCUGCACUUUCUGGAGGAAAGCAGUUCUCAAAACUGGAUAUGAGCCACGCUUACCAGCAAAUACUCCUGGAUGACAAGUCCAAAAAGUAUGUGACAGUGAACACACACCGGGGGCUGUUCACAUAUAACAGACUGCCUUUUGGAGUGGCUUCUGCUCCAGCCAUUUUCCAGAGGACCAUGGAAGGCCUUUUGAAAGGGAUACCCCUAGUGGCUGUGUAUUUAGAUGACAUUUUGGUGAGCGGGGUGAAUGAGGCAGAUCAUCUAAAGAACCUGGAUGAGGUGUUGGUCAGGUUGAAAGAGGCAGGCUUACGAUUGAAAAGAAGUAAGUGUGUCUUCAUGCAAAAUGACGUGGAGUACUUGGGGCACAAAGUGGAUGCACAGGGGCUGCACCCUGUAGAAAAGAAAGUUAAAGCCAUCAUGGACGCUCCUACUCCUACAAGUGUCACAGAACUCAAAGCAUACUUAGUGAAAGACCCCUGGGGUUCAUGUCACGCACACUCUCUCCAGCUGAAAAGAGAUAUUCUCAGCUUGACAAAGAAGAAGCCUAUACCUCAGAUGGGCUCACCAAGAGUGCAAAGAUGGGCUGUGACAUUGAGUGCCUAUGAGUACCACAUUGUGUACAAACCUGGAAAACACCAUGCAAAUGCAGAUGCGCUUAGCAGAUUACCUGUACCAGACACGGCCCCUGAAAAAGAGAUGACAGAACAAGUCUUAAUGAUGGAUGUAUUAGAUGACACACUUGUGGACACCACACAGCUCAAAUGCUGGACAGCUAAGGAUAUCAUCUUGUCCCAAGUUCAUGAGUAUACCUUAAAGGGCUGGCCGGCACAGACCGAUACUCGCUUCAAACCAUAUCAACAAAGAAAAAUGGAACUGAGUGUGAGGGAUGGAUGUGUGCUCUGGGGAGCUAGAGUAAUUAUCCCCACCAAAGGCAGAGACAAAAUACUGAAACUUCUGCACCAGACUCACACAGGCAUGUCAAAGAUGAAGGGCCUGGCAAGGUCAUAUGUAUGGUGGCCGGGGAUGGAUGAGAGUAUCGAAAGAGAGGUACAGUCAUGUGACGAGUGUCAAAAACACCACAAAUCACCACCCACUGCACCAUUACACCCCUGGGAAUGGCCAGAAUCACCGUGGUCAAGGAUUCAUGUGGUUUAUGCAGGGCCAUUCUUAGGUGAAAUGUUUCUCCUCAUUGUGGAUGCUCAUUCUAAAUGGAUGGACAUUUACCCAGUGAAAUCGCCUACAUCACAGGCUACCAUUGAGAAACUGAGACAGAGUUUCAGUGUGUUCGGUCUGCCGAAAAUGUUGGUAUCAGACAAUGGAACAUGUUUCACAAGUGCUGAAUUUGCGACAUUCAUGAAGCGAAAUGGAAUUGAUCAUGUGAGAUCAGCACCUUUUCAUCCAUCUUCCAAUGGCCUGGCAGAGAGGGCAGUCCAGACCUUCAAGGAGGGGAUGAAGAAAGUAAAAGGUGACACACUGCAAACAAGACUGUCAAGAUUUCUGUUCAGUUAUCGCAUUACGCCGCAUGCAACAACAGGCUUGUCACCAGCGGAGUUGAUGAUGUCUCGGAGACUCAGAUCAGCUUUUGACCUGCUCAUGCCUGAUGUAAAAACCAAAGUGCAGCAAAAACAACUGAAACAGAAAGAGAGUCAUGACACAAAGAAGAAACUGAGAAGUUUUGCACCAGGAGACAAGGUGUUCAUCAGAAACUACUCCUACGGUCCAAAGUGGAUCCCAGCUGUUAUCUUGAGCUCAUCAGGUCCUGUGUCAUACACUGUCACCAUUGGAAAUGGUCAAACCCUGAAACGACAUGUGGAUCAGGUGAGAUCCAGAUUAAAAGACACUGUCCCAAGUGAACUAGACACAGAGGGGGAACCGGGACCUGACACAGACUCGGGCUCCCACAACUGCUUACCCACCAUAAUGGACACAACUUCACAAGCCUUGUCAUGUGAUCCUCAGGAGCUGCCACCUGCUCCAAACAUCCAGGCUCAGCCUGAUGCACCAGCUGCGCCUGAGGUGCGACGUUCUCAGCGAGAGAGACGUUCACCUGUGCAUCUCAAAGACUUUGUUAGAUAGAGACUUUUUUCUUGGAGAAGUUAUGUGC